GGCAUUCCGAAUAAAAUUUAUUUUAAAGUAUGGUUUUGCAGGUAAAUAAGGCUAAGCGUGAUUUCCUAGCAGAGCGACAAGCUGAAAGUGAAGCUAUUAUGACGGCAGAUAAAUCAAUCUCCGAAAAAGAGCAGAAAGAUGAAUUGGAAAAACGAGAGAAAAAGCUUGAAGCUGAUUUUAAAGAAGCACAAGAGAAAGCACUAAAACAUUCUCAAGAGGAACUUGAAAGGCAAAGAAAACAACACGAUGAACAAAUGGCUAUCAUUCGAAAGGAACAAAAAGAUUGCGAAGAGGCAAACAAAGCAGCAUUCUUAGAAGAAAGACUGGCUAGACGAGAUCAAGAACGUAUUCAACUUCUUGAAACGGCUGUAUCAAUUGCACAGGCUCUAGCGCAAAUAAUUUGAUAAACAACAGCUCAGUUUCUACAAAAAUGCUGGCAUAUUGAUGAAUACAAUAUAAUGAUAAAACAUUUAAUUCCUAAUAAUCCUACCUAAUUAGUGCAUAAUACAGUAGAGUUUAAUUUAAUACUUCAUCUACCAAUCAAAGUAAGUAUAUCGGGAUAGUUUUAAUCGGUUAUUACAACAACAACAACAACAACAACAUAAACUUUAUUGAGCUCAAGCCAUUAUGCACACAGUGAAUAAUAUUUGUGAGGUCACAUGAAUGAUUGUUUGCUUAACUGGGUUGAAAAUAGUUAUAGUGUGUUACUCCAUUUAGUAUUUUGAAAAGGACUAUAAAUUCUGAUCCGGCAAUGUUCCAUGCUCGGUGACUGAAACUUAUUUAAUAUUCUACACUUUUUUUAAAUAGUAUUUGUAUUUUGAACACAAUUUACUCUAUUAAGUAUUGUUUUAAAAAGAAACAGAGUUUAUUUAUAUUGUUUUUGUGCUGCCUGAAGUAGAUCACUGACAUCCUGAACUGCACUGAAACCUAGUCCUAUAAAUAUGACGUCGCUUUGAGAUAUUUUUGCUUCUGGUCAAAGCAACGUCAUAUCGAAAUUGCUCAAAACCCCA